AUGCUUCGGAAAAUGUGGAGAUUCUUGUACGUCGCUCCAUGCGAACCUACAGAAAGUGCGCCGGAAAAGGAGAAGAUCAGUGAACCAACGGAAUUUCCCGCUGUAGACCUGUCGUUAUAUGAUAGUGCCGUUCAACUGGAGGAGCUCGGGCUCAAUCAUCUCAAACAUGCUUUGAUAGCUCGUGGAAUGAAAUGUGGUGGCACCUUACGUCAGAGAGCUGAGCGUUUAUUUUCUGCGAAGAAGGAUGAGGAAGAGAAGACGUGA